GCAGUGCCGAGCGAGCCAUAAAAGUGCCGUUUAGCUAGAGAGGGAGGGACUGACUGAAGGGAAGAGAGCAAGUCAAGAUGUGUGCCGCGUUAGUAAAGCCUGUUCUUUAUAGUUAUUUCAGAAGUUCCUGCUCCUGGAGAGUACGAAUUGCAUUGGCUUUGAAAGGAAUUGCCUAUGAUCAAGCACCAGUGAAUCUUGUGAAGGAUGGAGGGCAGCAGCUGUCACCUGAAUUCUUUUCUGUGAAUCCAAUGCGACAAGUCCCGGCACUCAAAAUCGAUGGGGUCACCCUCUCUCAGUCACUGGCCAUAAUAGAGUAUCUGGAGGAGACACGGCCAAACCCUAGGAUCCUACCUCAGGAUCCUAAGAAGAGAGCUCAAGUCCGGAUAAUCUCUGAUGUCAUUGCUUCUGGAAUUCAACCAUUACAGAACCUCUCCAUCCUGCAGCAAGUUGGGGAUAAGAAGCUGGAAUGGGCCCAGCUCUGUAUCUCUGGUGGCUUUAAAGCUUUGGAGCAGAUCCUGCAGGAAACAUCUGGGCGCUACUGUGUUGGGGAUGAGGUGUCCAUGGCUGACCUGUGCUUGGUCCCUCAGGUGUACAAUGCAGAGAGGUAUAAAGUGGAUCUUGCUCCGUACCCCACACUCAGAAGAAUCAACAAAGCUCUUCUGGAGUUAGAGGAAUUCCAGACAAGCCACCCAUCCCGGCAGCCAGAUACCCCUCCAGAACUAAGAGCCUAAAAGCUGUUUGAGUUUUGUACUGCUGACUUCUCUGUUCCUUUGCUGUUCUCUUCUACGUGGGAGUCCCUCUUUGGGGGCAGAUUCAGCAAAGACCAGUGCUCUGAUGCUUUUCAGCCAGCUUUUGGACAGAGUGGACGAGGCCAUACUGUACUGGCAUGGUAUGCAAGUAUGCCUACUGUGGAGCACCUUGUGUACAUGUCAGCAUGAAGCCAAUUUAAAAGAAAAGAGCUUGUGAAUGUCCUGCGUGAGUUCAGUUGCUGCCAGCCUGGGUGAGUCACUGUGGUGGGCAAGAGUGACUGCACCUUGACGGCAUACAAAUUUGCACACCGGGGGAAGGUUACAUCUUGGGAUGUGAUAUAACAGGGCAUAUGUGAGAUGUUUUUGAUUUAAAGUUAAAAGAAGAGGGUGGGUUUUCCCACAUUCUCAGUUUCCUCACUUGUAAGUUCCUGUUUCUUCGAAGAAGGGGUUCUGUUCAAGAUGUGUUUUGCUCCCUCUGUUGGUUGAUUCAGUAUUAUACCACUUAAGACGGGCAUAACAACCUGCAGAUUAAAUCUGAAGAAAGAGAUGAUGGACAUAAUAAACCAGUGUAAUAUCAAAUCAACCACUAGAGAAAGCAAAACACAUGUGGAACAUUAAAACCCCCAACAAAACAGGAACUUGCAAGCAUGGGAAAUAAGAACGUGGGAAAGCCCUGUGUUUGCGGGGAGGAGAUUUUGUUCCUGUAAAUACUACUUCUCCUGUUUGUGCAGCAGAGACACAAAGCCCAUGAGAGUGAUUUAGACAGCACAUGCGGUAGUUACAUACGGAUACCUACUGGGAACCUAUGCUAAGGGAGAGAGAUAAAACAAAUGAGACUCCUGUACAUCUCCACUUGCUACUUCCCAGUCAAAUAGCUGCUUUUAAAAACUUAGGAAAGAGCUUGAUCAUAAAUCUCCUGUGUCUUUCCAUAUACAAGAACCCUGCAUAUGCCAAACAGCUGCCAUUGGGCUUAUUGAGGAACUUCUAUAAGUCAAAAGGUUACCCCAGUUCUAGUUAACAAUUUAUCCUUUGGGAGAAGACAAGCUGCCUUAUUCUAAAGAACAUAAGAAGAGCCAUGCUGGAUCAGACGAAAGGCCUAUCAAGUCUGGCAUUCUGUUCACAGGAGUGGCCAACCAGCUGCCUCCAGGAAGCCCACAAGCAACAGUCUCCUCGGGCCUGAGCUCCCCAGCAUAUACUGCCUCUUGGUACUGGAGGGGGUAGAUAACCAUUGUGACUAGUAGCCACUGAUAGCUUCAUGCUUCAUGAAUCUGUCCACUCCCCUUUUUGUGUGCGUGUGCCUGGAGGUCAUGG